AUGGCACAAAUAUACAAAGCAACUUACUCUGGUGUGCCUGUCUAUGAGUUUAAUUGUAACAAUGUGGCUGUCAUGAGGAGAAGAUCAGACUCGUAUCUCAACGCGACACAAAUCCUCAAGGUAGCAGAAUUUGAUAAACCACAAAGAACCCGAAUCCUGGAAAGAGAAGUGCAAACUGGCCAACAUGAAAAGGUGCAAGGAGGCUACGGAAAAUAUCAGGGCACCUGGGUCCCUUUUGAAAGAGGAGUUGCUUUGGCAGAACAUUAUCAUGUGGACGCCAUUUUGCGACCGAUUUUCGACUAUGUCAAGGGCGAUGUCAGUCCUCCAUUAGCACCCAAACAUGUCACUGCAGCUUCGUCUCGACCACGAAAACCACGCAAUACAGAACCCAAACGAAAAAAGGUCAUUGUCAAGCGUAUGCUCACUGAAGAGGACAUGGAUGUAGACAUGGAGUACCACCAUGAUUUCAACAAUGCUCUUUUUACUGAACAGUUUUUCGCAGACAACAUGCACAACAAUAACAAGCGUCCCCGUCCAUUAGAGGAUUUUUCAGGUCAAGACAUGGAAAUGGCGCAUGAUCGCUCGUAUGCUCAAAAACUGCUGCAAUAUUUCAUCUCGGACGAUAAUGGGAUUCCAGCCAUCUUACUCAGACCACCCGCUGAUUUGGAUGUCAAUGUGAUUAUCGACGAUGAAGGGCACACGAGUUUGCAUUGGGCAGCUGCCAUGGGAAGACUCAAGCUGGUCAGCAUAUUGAUUGAUCUAGGGGCAGACAUUUAUCGGGUCAAUUACAAAGGGCAGACUGCACUGAUGCGAUCUGUACUAUUUACCAACAAUUUUGAUGCCAAGUCAUUUCUAUUUCUGAUUGAUAUGCUUAAAAAAACCAUUUUCAACAUUGACAAAAAGGACCAGACGGUAUUUCACCAUGUUGCAGCAACAGCCAGUUGGAAGGGAAAAGUGCACGCCUCGAGAUAUUACAUGGAAUGUCUGAUAGAAACACUGGCAAGCAACCAAUCUGAGUUGAUAUCUAUUCUCAAUGUGCAGGAUGUGUAUGGUGAUACGGCUUUAUCCAUUGCAGCAAGAAUAGGCAACAAGAAGCUGGUGCGAUUGCUAAUUGAUGCUGGUGCCAGUGCCGAAAUUGCCAAUGAAGAGGGCAUGACAGCGCAGGAUUAUCUAUCUGAAGUAGAGAGGAACAACCGAUGCCAGCCCCCAGCGCAAGCAGCACCCAGCACAACAGACGAUAUAUACCAACGCAAUGAUCAUCGAGUCGAACUGGCAGCACGAACCAAGUUACGACACACGGUGGAAGGCUUGUUUAAAAAGAUCUUGGUGGGCGACAGGACACAACCACCCAUUGUAUCUCAGGUGUUUGACGGUUUGGCAGGCAACUAUGAGCGAGAUUUGAUACAAAAGGACCACUUGAUCAAGGAAAAGAAGAAUGAUUUGGAGCUGGCAAAGAAACGACUUGCAGGCACAGAGCACACAUUUGAGCAGAUUCAGUACGAUCCAACAAGGAUGCAGAUUGUGGAGCAUGCAUCUCAAAAGCUAAGCAAAUUACUGGUCAAGCAGACACUGGUGAUUCAAAAGGAGUUGAUUGACAGUCUGAUUAGCGAAUACAAGCAAGAGCCACCCGCAGAAAACAAGGACAAUGCGGAUCCGGCAGCACUCUUGGCAGAGCUAAAGCAACUACAGCAAGAUAGAAAAAAACACACAGAGACUUUGAUGCAGCUAUUACUGAAAACACCCAGCAAACGACAUCAAGAAUACAAGCGACUGAUAUCCAUGUGCUGCAAUGUCUCGUAUGAAAAUGUUGAUUUGAUGCUACUACCUCUAUUAUCGUCAUUUAAUGAAUUGGAUGUGCCAAGUGAGCCAGUGGAACAAUUGGCGGAUCCGUCGAUGGCUCCGUUAGCGAAUCAAGAUGGAGCAAGAUCAAAAGGAAAAGAGCGCGAACAGAGUCUACCUCAAUCAUGA